CGGAGGAGGCACUCCAAGGUCAACAGGCAACGUGCCUACACCCAUUUCUUCUCUUUACAUUCUUGUUUGUUAUUGUUGCAGGGAGCGUACUUAAUUCCAUUUCACCUCUUCAUCCAGUGACCAGCCAUUUUUGUUGCACACCUGUUGUUGCGACCCAUUUACGCCUGCGAUCCGAUUCAAGUUCGCGGACGUGCAAAUGGGCCUUUGCAGAAGUGAAUCCUAAUGAGGGCGCUCAAGCGCUGCGACACACCUCCCUCUCUACGGAAAGCCAACCCUUCUACUCCUUGGUGCGGUCAGGAGGUAGAUUAGGAACAACAACGCCAUGGAUGCCUCUCAGAAGAUCGAUGUCUAUGCCGCGAGGCUCAGUGACCCAAAGAUUGACACGCGGACAAAAUCGAAUGUGGCUACAGAACUGCGGGACUCUGUCGAAUCUCUCUGCACACCCUCUAGCGUUUAUACAAAAUUCCUGACCAAGUUAUGGCCUGUCUUCAAGAAGAUUCUGGAGGGGAAACCAGAUUCAAACCCGACCUCCUUCGAACACAUCCUUCGGAACCAGAUUCUCGAGAUCCUGCACAGACUGCAACAUCAACUGCAUGAGGUUGAACCCUUUGCGUUGGACAUGGUGGAAACGCUAAUGGAACUGGUGAGGGUGGAAAAUGAAGACAAUGCUGUGCUGUGUUUGAAGACGAUAAUGGACCUCGAGCGACACCAACCGUCGGCCACCGCUCCGAAAGUCCAGCCCUUCCUUGACCUCAUUCAAGAGAUGUUCGAGUUAAUGGAACAGGUGGUUCGCGAAACUUUUGAUUCGCCCGCGCCUCAUCAUCCAGCUCCAUCUUCGACCUCCAUCCCUCAAAGCCAGACCUUCCAGUCCCCACGACCUGGCUCGCCGGCCACAACAGUGUCAGAUCCGGGGACAGAAAAGAAGGAACACGCGCCGCUGGCGAAGGGCAUGCAAUCGUUCAAGGUUCUGUCAGAAUGUCCCAUCAUUGUCGUUUCCAUAUUCCAGGCGCAUCGAGGUGCAGUUGCUGCCAAUGUCAAGAAGUUUGUGCCUUCUAUCAAGGGAAUUCUCUUGCUGCAGGCAAAAGCGCAAGAGAAGGCACACGCAGAGGCAGCCGCCAACAAGACCAUAUUCACCGGUGUCAGCAAGGAGAUUAAAAAUCGGGCCGCAUUCGGAGACUUUAUCACAGCCCAGGUCAAAACCAUGAGUUUCCUGGCGUACCUUCUCCGGGUCUACGCAAAUCAGCUCACAGACUUCCUACCAACUCUGCCCGGUGUGGUUGUCAGAUUAUUGAAAGACUGCCCAAGGGAGAAAUCCGGCGCCCGCAAAGAACUGCUGGUUGCAAUACGACACAUCAUCAACUUUAACUAUCGCAAAAUCUUCUUGAACAAGAUCGACGAGCUGCUGGACGAACGUAUCCUCAUUGGCGAUGGCCUGACUGUAUAUGAGAGCAUGCGUCCAUUGGCAUAUAGCAUGCUCGCAGAUCUCAUACACCACGUGCGGGACUCAUUAGACCGCAAUCAGAUACGGCGGACAAUCGAAGUGUAUACGAAGAAUCUUCACGACAACUUUCCCGGCACAAGUUUCCAGACGAUGAGCGCAAAGUUGCUGCUCAACAUGGCGGAAAGCAUCACCAAGCUGGAGAGCAAGGAAGAUGCGAGAUACUUCUUGAUUAUGAUUCUCGACGCAAUCGGCGACAAAUUUGCCGCAAUGAACUACCAGUAUGAGAACGCUGUAAAAUUGAGCCGCCAAUACGGAGACAAAUCCAAGGAGAGCCAAACAGAGACGUACAUGGAUGACAAAGAUGAGAUUCCCGACUGGGAUGAAGUGGACAUAUUCAGUGCCACUCCUAUCAAGACGUCAAAUCCGCGAGAGCGAGGUGCCGAUCCAGUGAACGACAACAAAUUUCUCUUCAAGAACCUUGUCAAUGGCCUCAAGAAUAUGUUCUACCAGCUGAAAACAUGCAACCCUCCGGGACUGAACGUAGACCAAGCCAGCAUUCCCAUCAACUGGAACGAAGUCUCCUUUGGAUAUAAUGCUGAAGAGACACGUGUUGUCACCAAACUCUUCCACGAAGGUGCACGGGUUUUUCGCUACUACAGCGCAGAAGCGCCAGCACCAGACAUGCAGUAUUCCUCUCCGGUGGACUUUAUGGCGAGCCACUCAAUGGCACAAAUGACCAGAGAAGAAAAGGAGUUGUUGGAGAGCUUUGGAACGGUAUUCCAUUGCAUCGAUCCAGCCACCUUCCAUGAAGUCUUCCAAGCGGAGAUUCCGUACCUCCAUGACUUGAUGUCUGAACAUACGGCCCUGCUACAUCUCCCUCAAUUCUUCCUUGCUAGCGAAGCUACAUCACCGGCAUUUGCAGGAAUGGUCUUGCAAUACCUCAUGAACAAGCUACCCGAGGUUGGAUCGUCAGACAUUGUCCUAUCUUCGAUAUUGUUGAGGAUGUUCAAGUUGUCAUUCAUGGCCGUGACGCUUUUCUCCGCGCACAAUGAGCAAGUUCUGCUUCCGCAUAUCACGAAGAUCAUCACACAAUGUGUGCAGCUUUCGGUGACGGCAGAAAAACCUAUCCAUUACUUCAUUCUUCUUCGAUCCCUGUUCCGAAGUAUUGGUGGUGGGCGCUUCGAACUUCUUUACAAAGAAAUCCUUCCGCUACUUGAAAUGCUGCUGGAGACUUUCAACCAUCUUCUCCAAGGGGCUAGAGACCCUCAUGACCGGGAUUUGUAUGUUGAGUUGACGUUAACUGUGCCGGCUAGACUCAGUCACUUGUUGCCGCAUCUCAAUCAUUUGAUGAGGCCUCUGGUUGUGGCUCUUCGAGCUGGCCCUGAUCUUGUUGGGCAAGGGCUUAGAACGCUCGAGCUCUGUGUUGAUAACCUUACAGCGGACUAUUUGGAUCCAAUCAUGGCACCAAUCAUGGAUGAUCUGAUGACUGCAUUGUUUGAGCACCUGAAGCCUCAACCAUACCAACACUUUCACUCUCAUACAACCAUGCGCAUCCUUGGUAAACUCGGGGGGCGUAACAGGAAGUUUUUGAAUCAUCCGCAUCGCCUGUCCUAUCGGCGCUACACAGAUGACGAGCCUAGCUUUGACAUUCGACUUAUUGACACCAGCCGAGAUCGAGCAUUUCCGUUGGAUACUGGCGUCGACCUGGCCAUUAGAAAACUCACUGAGACGGCCAAGAACACGAAUUCGAAGGCUUUGGAUCUCUAUUACAAGCAGCAGUCUUUCAAAUAUAUUAGCAAUCAAGUGAAGCUGUUCAUCGGUCAGGACCAUCUUCCUGACGAUCUCGCAACUCUGCUGCGGCUUCAGGCGAAUGAUCUCCUUGCCCGCCGCUUCUCGACAUACGCUGACAUGCUGGCCGAGAACGAAUUUGGGAAGUCGGUGCAAAAACGUCGAGAGCAAGAAGAGAAUUUGAAGAAGCUCAUCAAGGCCUGCUUCACUGCAACGACUGUCCCGGAUCUGAAACCUCAAGCCGAAGCUUUCAUUCAGAGCAUCUCCCGCCACUUUGCUAUCGUAGAACUCGGCCAAGCUCUGUGUGAUGCUGGCAGGAGAACUAAGGAAUUCGACGUCAAUCUCGGCGAAGGUGCAGUCCACCUCAGCACUCGCAUCUUAGCCGACGUUAUCUGUGACUGCCUGGCCUCGGACAACAUCAUCAUCCGUGAGGCUGCCGAAGCAUCAAUGCUGGCUGUUGUUGAUACAGCUCGCACCAUCUUUGGUACCGAAGAAAAGGCUGCUAAACUCCCUUUCUUCACGCAUCUCACCCAGACAUUCUGCCACAGAUGCCGUGAGGUGGAGUGGUUCACCAAGGCUGGCGCUACCUUGGGAAUACAAAUCCUGGUCAAGAAGCUCAACCUAGGCAACCCAUUUCUCAACAGUAAGCAACUCGAGAUCAUCAAAGCUUUACUUUUCGUGAUCAAGGAUACACCUCAAGAAGUUCCAGCGAGCACCCGCAUUACUGCCCAAGAAACAUUGGAAUUCAUUCUGCGGAAAUGCUGCGCUGGCCAGACCCGGGAGAUGCUCACAAACGAGAGAAGCACCAUUCAUGCUCUUUCUGUCACCUUCAGUCUCGAGCUUUCUCAUAUGAACACGCACGCACGUGAGACAGCGCAACACGCCUUCUCGGUUAUGGCAGAGGUUGUGGGUGUUGAGGUCUAUGAGUUGAUCGCCCCAGUCAAGGACAGAUUUCUCCCGCCAAUCUUCAAUAAACCACUUCGAGCUCUUCCCUUCCUUUCACAAACCGGCUUCAUCGACGCCAUUACGUACUGCUUGGGUUUGGGUCACGAUCUCGUCCCAUUGAAUGAUCAGCUCAACCGACUUAUGAUGGAGUCAUUAGCACUUGCAGACGCAGAUUCUGAGAUCCUCCAUCCAAAACCGGACGAAUACAACAACGCUCAGUUGAUUGUCAACCUGCGCGUUUCAUGUCUGAAGCUUCUUUCCAUCGCGAUGAGUUUGCCGGAAUUUGCAACUGGACCCCAGAAUUCUAGUCGAGCCCGAAUUAUUACCGUCUUCUUCAAGCUGCUUUAUUCGAAAUCGCCCGAAAUUAUCGAGGCUGCCAAUGCCGGUUUGAAGGAAGUACUGGUCCAGACGUCGAAGCUCCCGAAAGAUCUUCUCCAGAAUGGACUGAGGCCUAUUUUGAUGAAUCUCCAGGACUCGAAGCGACUCACUGUUGCAGGACUCGAGGGCCUUGCGAGACUACUUACCCUGUUGACCAAUUACUUCAAAGUCGAAAUAGGCGCUCGGCUGCUUGAGCAUAUGAGAGUCAUCGCCGACGAGCAGCUGCUGCAAAAGGUCUCUUUUGGGCUGAUCGAACAGAAUCCACAAAUGAAGAUUGUAACGGCAAUAUUCAAUAUUUUCCACCUUCUCCCCCCUGCAGCUACCAGCUUUAUGGGAGACUUGGUAAACAGCGUCCUUGAUCUGGAAGCUAAACUACGCCGCACAGUCGCUAGCCCGUUCCGUCAACCACUCAUUCUCUAUCUUGACAAAUACCCGAAGGAGACGUGGUCGUUCUUUCAAUCGCGCCUGCAAGAAGAGAAGUACGGUCGGUUUUUUGCACAAAUACUGGCCUCGGAGUCUAGCCCGGCUAUUCGCGAUGCUGUCAUGAACGACACAGAAGCAUUUAUUAAGGCUGCGUUCGAUGUUGAAGGGGCACCAGAACGCCACACAGCGGCAAUCAAUGGCAUUUAUGUAGUACACUCAAUCUGCAGCUUUGAAUCUGCCAAAGACUGGCUGCGCGAUCAGCAGCAGAUCAGAGCCAAGGUUUUGACUGCUGGUCAGGAAAUCGAGGGUGAACUACGCAAAGAUCAGCUGCAGCCUUCACAGCGCCUGCGUGCUGAGCAAACUGGAGACCAAGUGAUGGAGAUACUGACACAGUACCUGACAUUCUCGCCGGACGAUCUCAACUUCAUGAUCGAGCUCUUCUCUUCGGCGGCGCAGGGGACAAUAAAGACACCCUUGAAGCUAAUGAAGUAUAUCUUUUAUUCCAUCAUCACGGAUGAAUCUGCAAGCCGCCGGUACAAUAUGAUCGAGAGAUGUCUCGAUGUUUACUCUCAGAAGGCUGAAUCUCACAAGGUGAAGACGUUCCUGUUGCACAAUGUGGUCAACCCCAUCAUGGCAAGAGAUGUGCAGAACAGCCGUCAAGAGGAUAGCAAGGCCGCUCCACUAGCAGACAGCAAGCUUUUCAACCUGUUUUUAGAGCGUCUAUGGAAACCGACAACCCCCGAUGGCACGGACGACUCAUCCCAGCCAGGUGUGGACCAUACUCGCAUGGAAGCGCUCCAGCUUUCUGCAUUCAUUCUGAAAUACCACAAAGAUGCCGUUUCGGAGGAUCGGAAAGACAUCAUCAAAUAUUCCUGGGGGCAUAUCAAACUGGAAGAUGUCAUCAACAAGUACGCAGCUUAUGUCCUGAUAUGUUACUUCAUACGGUCUUAUGAUACGCCUCCGAAGAUCGUUGUGCAAAUUUACAAUCAGCUGUUGAAAGCUCACCAGAAUGAAGGCAAAGCUUUGGUCACCCAAGCUCUGGAAGUGCUGGCUCCGGUACUGCCAGCGAGAAUAGGUGCCAGUGCUAAUACCCCUGGAGACAAGAGAACACCUUCCUGGGCUCGACUACCGCGCAAAAUCUUGAACGAAGAGACCGGAAACUUGCAGCAGGUUCAGAGCAUCUUCAACUUUAUUGUGCGUCAACCCGACCUCUUCUACGAAUCGAGGGAGCUCUUCAUACCGACAAUGAUCCAAAUGCUCCACAAGCUUGCUCCUCCGCCAAAUCCUUCGAACGAGAACAAAAAGCUUGUCUUGAACCUCAUUUCGCUGAUUCAGCAAUGGGAAAGUCGGCGUGUGUCUGCGGUAUCUCCCCCUCAGUCAGGAGCGGAGUUGACGCCUUCACGCAAGAGAGAUACGGCUGGCGAACAGAAACUGGCUCCACCACCAGCCAAAGAGAAGGGCGAAUAUGUGAUUACCCCCGAGCUUCGCGUGGCUGUUGUAAAGUACAUGAUCAACUUCAUCACUACCUUGCCUGAACGUUUCCCCGUACCGGCUGCAGAGCUAAAGGCUAAGACCAUGCAGAAGGCUCAACAACAGGGUCUGUCAAAUGACAUGUGCAAAAAGGGAGUCCAGCUACUCCGCGAACUUUUGGCACCCAAUAUGUGGACAGAUAUUGAUGUCGGGCUUUACGAGAAGCUGCUCGAUCCAAUCCUGAGUGGAGAAAAAGCAGACAAGGCAGAGGAGAAACAGUUGACGUGCAUGGUCAACGCCCUUCAGGUCAUGCGGAUUCUGUUGAGCACGAAGCCGAAUGAAUGGAUUGUCGAUCACAUGGAGAAGAUCCAGAAGCUGUUGGAGAAGCCGCUCAAGAUGGAGGAGCCUGAAAUCCAAGACUGUCUGCACCUGGUCACUGACGACGACAAGUCUCUUCCGUUGGUUCGACGAGUUCUCGAAGCCAUUCCGACACAAAAAACGGAUGAUGCAGAUGCAAUGGACUUGGACGCCCCACCUUCGGACUUCCCAACUCGAUAUUCCAAGAUCAUGGUCGGUGAAGCCUUGUCUAAUGGCAAUUACAUCUCUGGAAUCAAUAACCUGUGGACCCUUUCAUUGGUGCGACCAGCCGAUGUGGAUGACCAUAUCAAUGGAGCGAUGAAGGCGUUGCAGCAGAAACUGGCCAAAGACCACAUUAACGCAUAUGUCAUCCCGCCUGGGCCACCUCCACAAGGUUGGCGUCUUGGUGAACCAUUGAUGGAUCCUUACGAAUUUGCGCUAGGCGUUGACCUCAUCAAGAAAACCAUUGAUAUCCUAUCGUCGCGCAUGGGAGAACUCAACGAACAGCGACGGCCAUUCCUCAGUGUUCUUGCCUCGCUUGUCGAGAAAUCCUUCAAUGUUGAAAUGUGCAGCAAAGUGUUGGACAUGGUGGAGAAGUGGGUGUUCAACUCGACCGAGCCAUAUCCGACACUCAAAGAGAAGACAGCUGUGCUGCACAAGAUGCUUAUAUUUGAAAAGUGGCCCAAUCAAAAUCUCCUCGAGCGCUUCCUUGAACUCGUGAUCAAGAUCUACGAGGACCCGACGGUAACGCGGACCGAGCUGACUGUGAGAUUGGAGCAUGCCUUCCUGAUUGGGACCCGUGCCAAAGACGUGGAGAUGCGAAACCGCUUCAUGAACAUAUUCAACCGUGCCUUGUCCAAAACCGCAAGCUACCGACUCAAUUACGUGUUGACUUUGCAGAAUUGGGACACGCUGGCCGACUCAUUCUGGUUGAAGCAAGCCUCACAUCUCAUCAUGGGUUCCGUCGAAAUGUCAAUGCCUGCUCGCCUUCAUCCAGAAGAUGUUCGCGUUUGUCCUAUGUCUCAGCUGUUCAACCACAACCUUGUCAGUCCCGAUCAACCAAAGGAUGAUCCGAUCGUCGAGGAUGGCCUUGAUGCGCUAGUCGUUGCGCAACGUCGCUUCAACCAAGAAAUUCACGAGGUCAAAGUCCGUGACCUGCUUGAUCCCCUUACCCAGUUGCAGCAUAUUGACGACAACGUUGCAUACGAUGUGUGGGUCAAAUUGUUUCCGCUCUGCUGGUCUGCUCUGAACAGGGAUGAGCGUCUUGACCUCGAAAAAGGGAUGGUGACGCUUCUCACAAGAGAAUAUCACCAGCGACAACUGAACCUGCGUCCUAAUGUUGUACAAGCAUUACUCGAGGGUGCGGUUCGAGCCAAACCACGGUUCAAAGUGCCCCCUCAUGUCAUGAAGUUUCUGAGUAGAACUUAUGAUGCAUGGUACACUGCGCUUAUUUCGCUAGAAGAAUCUACCGUUGACCCAUUGAUUGACACUCCGGCGGUUCGCGAAAGCAAUCUUGAUGCUCUGGUGGAAGUCUAUGCUGGGCUUCAAGAGGAUGACCUGUUCUAUGGAGCAUGGAGGAGACGGUGCAAGUUUAUGGAAACGAACGCCGCCCUCUCAUACGAGCAGCAUGGGAUUUGGGACAAAGCCCAACAACUCUGGGAGUCAGCACAAGUCAAAGCUCGAACCGGUGUUGUGCCAUUCUCUCAGGGAGAAUAUUACUUAUGGGAAGAUCACUGGAUGAUUUGCGCUCAAAAACUCCAACAGUGGGACAUCUUAGGCGAGUUUGCAAAGCACGAGAACUUCAAUGAUCUUCUGCUCGAAUCAGCCUGGAGGAACUAUGAAGCUUGGUCUGGCGAAGAAAAUCGAAAUCAGCUGGACGCGAUGAUCAAGUCCGUUUCUGACGCUCCGACACCAAGACGAACUUUUUUCCAAGCGUUUAUGGCGCUUCUACGAUACAAUUCUAAGCAGAUGUCGCGUGUGGAAUUCCAGCAUGUGUGUGACGAAGCCAUUCAACUCUCCAUCCGCAAAUGGCAUCAACUUCCCAAGCGUAUAACAAAUGCUCAUAUUCCAAUCCUGCAGAAUUUUCAGCAGUUGGUCGAGCUCCACGACGCGAGCGUUAUUUGCGACAGUCUCAUGGGGACCAACGAGCGCAAUCUUGACAGCAAAUCACAAGAAGUGAAGCUCCUCCUGCAAGCUUGGAGAGAUCGGCUACCGAACAUCUGGGAUGACAUCAACGCGUGGCAAGACCUGGUCACCUGGCGACAACAUGUUUUCCAGCUUGUGAAUUCGACAUACUUGCCUCUUCUUCCUCAAGGCGGUAACAAUGUAGGCAACAACUCUUAUGCCUUCCGAGGCUAUCACGAAACAGCCUGGAUUAUAAACAAGUUUGCGCACGUCGCCCGAAAACACCAGAUGCCUGAAGUAUGUAUCAAUCAACUAGGCAAGAUCUACACGUUGCCCAACAUCGAGAUUCAAGAAGCCUUCUUGAAGUUGAGAGAACAAGCCAAGUGCCACUACCAGAACAAGGCCGAGCUGAACAACGGUCUCGAUGUAAUUAACAACACCAAUCUUAACUACUUUGGUGCACAGCAGAAGGCUGAGUUCUAUACGCUCAAGGGGAUGUUUUUGGCCAAGCUUCAACACGCGGAAGAAGCGAACGAAGCAUUUGGCGUAGCUCUCUACUACGAUCUUCGACUUCCGAAAGCAUGGGCAGAAUGGGGUCAGUAUUCGGACCGCAAGUUCAAGGAGAACCCAUCCAAUAUCGAGGCUGCCAGCAACGCUGUCAGCUGCUAUCUCGAAGCGGCCGGGUUGUACAAGAGUGCCAAGUCAAGGAAGAUGCUCAGUCGGGUAUUGUGGUUACUCAGUCUUGAUGACGAAGAGGGUCACAUUGCAAAAGCGUUUGAAGACUUUAAAGGGGAGACGCCAGUCUGGUACUGGACUACGUUUGUACCGCAACUACUCGGCAGUCUCGAGCACAAGGAGGCACGACUUGCCAAAUCUGUGUUGGUGAAGAUCGCCAAAGGGUUCCCACAGGCAUUGUUCUAUCACCUGCGUGCGACAAGAGAGGAUUUUCUGGGAAAGAAAAAACAAUACGAGGCCCAGAAAGCUAAACAGCAGAAGAGCCAAGAAGAAAAGAAGGAACCAGGUUCGCGACCAGGCACGGCCAACGGCGAAGCUCAGACCAAUGGAUCCUCAUCUCCCAAGCCUAAACAAGAGCCUGAUACUGACGCCGCCGAGGCGAACGGUACCGAAGCUGGCAAGAAGCCUGAAGAGCCUAAGAGGCCGUGGGACUACACAGAUGAGAUUAUGGCUGGCUUGAAAACUGCUUUCCCUCUCCUUGCGCUUUCGAUGGAGACGAUGACGGAUCAGUUGUCGAAACAUUUCAAAUGUCCGCCAGACGAGGACGCUCAUCGACUCAUUGUUGCACUCCUAAAUGACGGGUUGCACUACAUCAGCAGGGCCCCUAUGACUUACGCCGAAGGCGCCAAAUUGCCUCCUCAGACGGAAGCCAACGUUGCCCGAUUCGUACAAUCUGUUCUUCCAGCCCACAUCCGCAAGUCAUUCGAGGCGGACUUUGUCCAAACUAAACCGACAAUGUAUGAAUACAUUCACAAAUUAAGGAAGUGGCGAGACAAGUUCGAACAAAAGCUCGAUCACAGGCAGCAGUGGGCUCCCUUGGAGUCCUACAGCCAUCACCUAAGCGAAUUCAAAUUCCUCAAGUUUGACGACUCAGUGGAAGUCCCCGGACAAUAUCAACAACACAAGGAUAAGAACACCGACUUUGUUCGUAUUGAGCGCUUCAUGCCAACGGUCGAACUUGUGAGAGGAAACAGCAUCUGCCACCGACGCCUAACUAUUCGUGGCCAUGACGGUUCUCUGCAUCCCUUCGCGGUACAGCAUCCAACAGGGGGCAAAGUUCGUCGCGAGGAACGCAUCGUGCAACUGUUCCGCAUCUUCAAUCAGACACUAGCGAAGCGCAAAGAGUCUCGGCGCAGGAAUCUGUACUUUCACUUGCCCAUUUUCGUGCCGAUAGCACCGCACAUUCGCCUGGUACAAGACGAUGCAUCGUAUGUCACACUUCAAUCCGUGUAUGAAGACCAUGUACGCAAACUUCCCCCCAACACCAUGUCCCGGGACGAACCUAUCCUCUUCGUCCUCGAGAAAUCACGCACCAUCGCCGAACAGCAGAAGACAAACCCCAGAACACCUGAACAAGUUGCAAUCAUGAAGGCCGAGAUCUUCACCACUAUCCAGGAGAGGUGGGUUCCGAACACCAUCGCCUUGCAGUAUUUCCAAGCCACCUAUCCCUCCUUCGAAGACUUCUGGCUCUUCCGGCGACAGUUCAGUUAUCAGUUCGCAGCCACCACGUUCAUGACAUAUAUAAUGCAUAUGUCAGCGCGGUAUCCGAUGAAGUUCUCUAUUUCUCGGGCGACUGGGGACAUUUGGGCAUCUGACCUAUUGCCCAAUCUUAACUCAAGCCGAGCACUGUUCUACAAUCCCGAACAGGUCCCCUUCCGGUUGACUCCAAACUUACAAACGCUUAUGGGACCACUUGGGGUCGAGGGGAUCUUCACCGCAAGCCUAAUGGCGAUCGCUCGAUGCCUCGCUGAAGGCGAUAACGGAUACGAAAUGGAGCAGCAACUUGCUAUCUUUGUGAGGGAUGAAAUGUACAAUUGGGCUGGUGGACGGCCUCAAUCUAGCGGCAGUGGUGGUCAAGGAGGAGAUCAGAGAAUGGAAGGAUCACAUUUGAGAGAGCUGGUGGCGAUGAAUGUCGAGUUUAUCACGCGGCGGGCGCUCACAUUAGCGAAGACGCAGGGCAGUGUCGGCGCCCCUUCGGCUACUUCUUCGGGAGCACAAGCUGCCAAUCCCAAUGGCACUGCCUCUGGAGGAGAGGGAAGUGCAAGCAAUGCCACGGCGGCGUCGGCAGCAACUGGGAACGCGAUCCCCACAGGGGUCACCGGUGUGCUUCCCGCGUGUCAGAAUGUGGUGGACCUGGUUAGCAAGGCGACCGAUCCUACAAGACUCAGUGGGAUGGACGGGCUGUGGAUGCCUUGGCUGUAAAAUGCGAUUUCUCGGGAGCGAUGGAAAGCAAGUGGAGGAAUUUCACUCCUCACAAUGGAUUUUGAAUUGGGUUUUCAAUGGACUCACAGGGGCGUUUUCGGCUCAGUAUGAAUGGGUCAGUUCGAAUGCAACGACAAACAAAGGCGGUCUCGGUUCUUUCUGAAUCAGCUGGUUUCUCAGAGCAUGGCGCUUCAAGGCAGCACGAGAUCUCAAGGGGCACACAGACACCCCAAGCGACAUGGCCUGGGCGGCGAGGGUCUGUGCCAUCGAUCAGCGGGCGUUGGGAGGCGAAGCGGGUAUCUUGUCUGUCUCAUCAUACGAACACUUGCUUUUGGUAUGGCUUGAUGCGUCCUCGCGAGCCUCGCCUGCGGAAUGAAAGGGGGGAGGGGAAGGGGGACUAAGUGCAGAGAUAUUGUCAACUGGGUGGCUUUCUCUUUCUGCUUGAUGAUCAGCCACUCAAAGCCUGUACAUGAUUUUCUAUCUUUCUUGUAGCAAAGCAGAAACAGAGAGUUUUUCAGACAGACA